AUGAGGUCAUAGGUGAAACAUUUAGCGGGAGAUACCAAAAAAAUCAUCGAAGAAGGUCGAUCUGAUGUUUAUUUUGUCCCACCUUAUUACUGACUAGAUUGACCAUAUACCAUAGGAAAAACAAUACGACAAAUUACAGAUAAGUCAUGUUCUCAGACGUCCUUGAGCCGAAGGAGACAUUAUUGGCCGCUCCAGGUUCAGAGGAGCCCGUGUUUGAGCGCGCUGAGCCCGCAUACAGCGGCUGCUCGGAGCGAUUUCGCAUCGGCGAGCGCAGCUUCAGCCGCCAGUAUGCGCACAUCUACGCCACCAGACUCAUGCAGAUGAGACAGAUCCUCACCGAAAGAGCCACGCACAAGUGGGGUUCUGAGGUGCCCAUCAGGAAGCUGUGUGACCUGCAGAUGGGUGAAGAGUGUGUUAUAGUUGGCACCAUAUUCAAACACAUGGAGCUGCAGCCUUCUAUCCUAAGGGAGAUCAGCGAGGAGCACAAUCUAUUGCCACAGCCACCUCGUGCUAAAUACAUCAGCCAGUCAGAUGAGCUUAUUUUGGAGGAUGAACUGCAGAGGAUCAAACUGGAGGGCAACAUCGAUGCACCAAAGUUUGUUACAGGUAGUGUCAUUGCCAUAAAGGGUGCAGAACAGAAUGAUGGGAAAUUCACUGUUGAAGACUUCUGCAUGGCUGAUGUUCCUCCCCAGACACCCAGACAACCUCUCAGCUCAGACAGGUUUGUGCUUCUCGCCUCUGGCCUGGGAUUGAACGGCAGCAGAGCAGACAGCAUGAUGGGAUUGCAGCUUCUGGUUGACAUGGUAACCGGUCAGCUUGGAGAUGAGGGGGAGCAGAGCGGUGCAGCGUCCAUAUCUAGAGUCAUUCUAGCUGGAAACCUGCUGAGUCGAAGCACUCAGGACAAAGACUCCACUACCAAGGCAAAGUACUUGACUAAGAAGACUCAAGCUGGGAGUGUGGAGGCCAUCAGACUGCUGGAUGAGCUUCUUAUGCAGCUUGUGGCCUCUGUAUCAGUAGAUGUCAUGCCUGGACAGUAUGACCCAACAAACUACACCCUACCCCAGCAGCCCCUGCACCGCUGCAUGUUCCCGCUCUCUAUUCCCUUCCCCACCUUACAGCUGGUCAGCAACCCCUACCAAGCCAUUGUAGAUGGAGUCCGGUUUUUGGGCACUGCAGGACAGAAUGUGAGUGAUAUGGUGAAGUACAGCAGUGUGGACGAUCAUCUGGAAAUAUUAGAAAGCACUCUGAGACUGCGCCAUCUGGCUCCUACUGCUCCUGAUACACUAGGUUGUUACCCAUUCUAUCAGAAAGAUCCCUUUAUUCUGGAAGAGUGCCCUCAUGUGUACUUCAGUGGAAAUGCACCAACAUACCAAAGUAAACGAGUCACAGGCCCCGAAGGACAAGAUGUUCUCCUGGUAGCAAUCCCAGAGUUCAGCAGCACACAGACGGCUUGUCUUGUGAACCUGCGCACUCUGGAGUGUGAGCCGAUCUCUUUCUCCUCUUUUUCCACCGAGGAUGACGAGGACAGUGAGAUGAACAUCAGCCAUUAAACACCCAAUUAAUGACUCUUGUCUUUAUAGUACUGUAUUUCCUCUGACAUAGACUUGCUCUUGUGCUGUUUUUGUUAAUAAAGCUCCUUUUGUAUGAAA